UGAUGUGGCGAAGAAGCUUAAGCACCGCCGUCGCUUUCAAGCACAAAAAGAAAUGGGACGCCGUCGUCGUCGGCGGUGGCCAUAACGGCUUGAUCGCCGCCGCUUACCUGGCUCGCGCCGGCCUCUCCGUCUCCGUCCUCGAGCGCCGCCACCUCGUAGGCGGAGCCGCCGUCACGGAGGAGCUGAUCCCCGGCUUCCGGUUCUCUCGCUGCAGCUACCUCCUCAGCCUCCUCCGUCCUCAAAUCAUUAGAGAGUUGGAGUUGAAACGACACGGGUUGAAGUUGUUGAAGCCGAUGGCGUCGUCGUCUACGCCCUCUCUGGAUGGGCGUUACAUUCUGUUGGGGCAGAGUGAUGAACAGGAUCAUCUCGAGAUUUCAAAGUUUUCAAAAAGAGAUGCUGAUGCAUAUUUCAGGUAUGAAGCUCAACUCCGAAAAUUUUGUAAAAUCAUGGAUUUUGUUUUGGAUUCACCUACCCCUGAAACUUUGCACGAGAGUGCAUCUAAAGUUGAGUGGCUGAGCUCUAAGUUGGAGAAAUAUAAGUUUUGGGGUCAGUUUCUGCGGCACACUCUUUCAUUGGGGCAAAAAGGCAUUGUGGACUUAAUGGAAUUAUUACUGUCUCCAACUUCGAAGGUCCUGGAUAAAUGGUUUGAGUCAAAUUUAUUGAAGGCAACACUUGCAGGAGAUGCUAUCAUUGGGAGUAUGAUGAACAUCAACACUCCUGGAAGUGGAUAUGUUCUGCUACACCAUGUGAUGGGUGAAACAGAUGGUGAUCGUAAUAUUUGGUCGCAUGUUGAAGGCGGGAUGGGUGCUGUAUCCCUCACUAUAAGUAAAGCUGCUAAGGAAGCUGGGGUUCGUAUUGAAACAAAUGCAGAGGUUUUACAGGUGAUUGUGGAAGACACUGGCAGGGCAAAUGGAGUAUUGCUGGCUGAUGGGACUAAAGUGCACUCUUCAGUUGUUUUGUCAAAUGCAACUCCUUACAAGACCUUUACACAACUGGUACCUCGAGAUUUUCUUCCUGUUGAAUUUCUUCGUGCAAUUAAGUAUUCCGACUACAGCUCUGGAACAACGAAAAUCAAUGUAGCUGUUGAUAAGCUGCCCCAGUUCCACUGUUUCAAGUUAAAUCAUGCAGAAGUGGGUCCUCAGCAUACAGCUACCAUCCAUAUUGGUUUUGAAAGCAUGGAGGAGAUUAGAUCAGCUUGUCAAGAUGCUAGUAAUGGCUUACCAUCGCGAAGGCCUGUGAUGGAGAUGACAAUUCCUUCUUCGUUGGACAAUACCAUAUCACCACCUGGUAAGCAUGUCAUCAACUUUUUUACGCAAUAUACACCUUAUAGACCCUCAAAUGGUAGCUGGGAUAAUGUUGAAUACAGAGAAUCAUAUGCACAAAGAUGUUUUAACUUGAUCGAUGAAUAUGCGCCUGGCUUUGGCUCAUCUGUCAUAGGUUAUGACAUGCUUACACCACCAGAUCUGGAAAGGGAAAUUGGACUGACAGGAGGAAAUAUUUUCCAUGGUGCUAUGGGUUUGGAUUCGCUCUUCUUAAUGCGACCUGUGAAAGGCUGGUCAAAUCACAAGACACCAAUCAGGGACUUGUAUCUAUGUGGAAGUGGAUCUCAUCCUGGAGGUGGUGUCAUGGGGGCACCUGGAAGAAAUGCUGCACGUGUUAUUUUACAGGAUUUAAAGAAGCACUAUCAAUAAGAUUUAUAUUUCAUCAAAGAAAUCUGUUUCAACUUUCAACUAAGUUUUGUAUAUAUGUCAUCAGACAUUCAGGUCUAAUGAAUGUAUCAAGAAGCCUCC